GCGGUUAAUUUUGAAUGGGGUCGUUUUCAGUUGGCCCUCGCGCGGCACCGGGGCUCGAGAGAGAGAGAGAAAGAUGGCGGCAACUACAGGAGGAGGAGGAGGAGGAAGGAGCGAGGCCCAGAUCUGGGAGCAGGGUUUACGUCCACCAGCGAGGAGGAAAUCUGAUCGAUUGUCAGCCGCAGAGAAUCGAGAAAGCUCGGUCCCACUUGUUAAGCGUUCAAUUGUUUUGAAAAAGAUCGAACCUCAGAAAAAUGUGCAAAAGCAGGUUUCGGGAGAGCCUCAACAGAGCUCCACGUUUACCAAAACUAUCGCUGCAACACCAAGGCGCAGCCCUCGGAUUUCCCCCCAGGCCAUGAAAGAAAAUGUUGGUGAAGGCUCAGUUCAUUUGGAAAGCAAGCCCAGCGAUGAGGCUGAACAGGCCUGCACAUUGCCCUCAGCGUCAAUGACCCUGAGCCCCUCCACCGAGGAGACGGGUGUCUCAGCAGACACGGAGCUCACCCUCCCGGUGGACAGAAGCACGGUGAUGUUCCAGAAGGUGCGGCGGUCGUACAGCCGCCUGAGUCCCUUUGGAACCCACAGCUUGAACGCGAGCACUGGCGCGGCUAGCUGUAGCUUUGGGGGAUCUCCGUGCUUGUCGAGUGAUGCCUCCGACACGUCCACACCGAACCAGCCGCCAUCAUCGCGUAGAUCCUUCUUCGGCUUCGAGAGACUCUUGGCCAGCGAAGCAAUAUUGAGGGUCUCGCCAGUGAAACCUUUGACCCCCAAGGAGAAUGACGAGGAGCUGUCAGCACGGGCCACCCAUGCAGCUGCCUCCCUCAGAUCGCUGGAUGUUAAUAUCCCUGGCAUUGCUGUUGCCAAGGAGAAGAAGAAGAAACGGAAAAUUCCCCAGAUUGAGAAGUCGGCGUUGGACGAGUGGGCCGCUCAGAUGAACGCCAGCUUUGCAGAGGCGGAGCGCUUUGAUUUGCUUGUAGAGUGACUUGGGAUCAACGGGAACUGCUGUGCCUUCCUGGGACAGAAAUAAAACUAGAGGGUUUUAUAGUGACGUGAGCCUUGGAGCAAUCCAACCAUUGCAGAAGCGUUAGAAUUCUCUUGACCCAGUAGUUGUAGGAACGGAGGUGGAGACUGUCAGUCCAGGAACCAUCCUGUGGUGAAUAACUCGUGUUCUCUGGGAUAAUGUGUACUGAUGUCACCUUGGAAUUUUACCAUCCAUAGACACAUUGCUAAGCAUAAAAUUUCCAUUCACUGCUAACUGCUGCUUUCCAAUAUUGACUGUCCCCGUCACAGAUUGCUAGUUGGAGCCAAGGUUUCACCUUUGUGGUAAGCUCGGUGAAUGUGUAUUAUGUGCUGGAAAUGUGUCCCAUUGGGGUAUUUGCCGUCUGACUGAUCACCGCGAGCAGAACAGCGUCCUCCCUGGAAUCAUUCCACAGUUCAAAUCAAACGGUUAUCCUCUUAAAACCCUGCUGCCAUCCCCAGAACGACCCUGCAAAAGUACAGCCUGGCGCAGAAUCUUAAGGAGAGACAGGUCAAUGUUUCAGGUCACAGGGGGUGUGAAGGGUCCACACAAGAAUCAUUAACCUGUUGCUUCGUUCUGAUGCUCACAGAUAUGCUGCUGUGUGGCCUUUUAAAAAAAAACUAUUUCCAGCAGUUUUGUAAAUUUUGAUAGCUCUGCUUUGGGAUGGUAAGACAAAAGAAAACUAUUAAAUAUCUUGAAUUGUUUAAUUCAUCAUUAUGUAUUUUAAAAAUGUUAACCUGUAGUCAAACCAGAAACUGUCACAUGACAAUCUGAAGUAGACAGGUUAUUUUGAAACCUAAACCUUACUUUCUCCUUUGCUGUAAUGUGUAAGACCCCCAUCUGAAUGGAGCUGACACUUGUUGAAGGUGAGAGAGGGGAGGUAAAGUCUCGUUCUCCCCUGCCCCUCCACCCAACAUUAGCCACCGCCUCGCUUGAUGUGACUUCCAUGAGUGCAGGAUGCCUGAUCCCCUUCUCAUUCCCUCUCUGGUAGGGGUCGACGCUGCUGAGGAAGGGACUUAACUGCCCACUCCCAUCUUCCAAUCGAGGUGUAAGCCAACUGCAGCCCCUGUGAGAUGGGCGGAUCGAUUAAAAUGAGGCUGCACUUUGUUGUGGCAGGCAUUAGGCUGCCGUGUAUCAUGACAGGAAUUGUUAGUAGAACCUGGCAAUCAGUAGAUAAUAUCAGUGCUGCAUUAUCCGAUGUGGAUUGAGUACAUUAAGCCAUCAUGUUAACUAUGCAUCCGGUUUCCUGCAGAGCAGCAUUGCUGUGUUAAAAAAGGAACCAGUGGUGUUGUCAUUAGGAUUUCAGUGAAGCUUAGGGAAGUGUCAGAGAUGCUCAUGUUGACUGAACCAUGAAACUGGCCAGCAGCAUCGAUACCAAUCUUGUCCUUCCGAAUUGAGUGUAUACCAGAACGGGGAUGAAUUUCUUUGUGUGAAAUGCUCAUGGGUUAUGGCUUUGUUGCUGGCAGGGAGAACAAUUUCAGUGCACGAAUUCAAAAGUGGGAUAUGCGACAGCUGGAGCUAAGACUCCCUUUUAUCAAAUAAAUGAUCAAGAUGUGUACAGUGUCUGCCAAUACACUCAUUCUUUUGAAAUCAAAUCCAGUGUUAAACUUGGUGGGCGAUUUAUUUUUUAAUGUACAUUUUGUAUUGGAACUGAAGUGUUACUGUCCAAUAUGUAAAACAGUCAAACUAGGCAGUUAAUAAAUUUGGUUAUCUCUCUGCUGUAAUGACUGCACUCCCUCAAGUGUGGAUGUUUAUUUAUUGACAUAGAUAUAUAAAUAGCAACACACAUCAGAUAUCAAGCUGACAGCAUUGUGAUUACAUUUGAACUAUUAGUGUAUAUGUUAAUUAAGCAGGUAAUAAAUUCCAUUAAAACUU